UGCACGUGGGCUCUCCCAAGGCGCAGGGAGGGAGAGCGGACCGAGCGCGACAUGGAAGAAGACCCUAGUGAAGGAAGGAGCCCCUCCGGGAAGGUUACAGGGACUGUCGGGGCCGUGGCUGUCCGAGGGAAAGGAGGCUCGAGGUGUUUAUAAAGAUCGUAACCGAGAUGCUCCUUUCUGAGGACGCCAUGGAGGAGGAGACGGUCCCGAUGGGGAGGACCCCUCUGGAAGAUGCCGGAGCGUUCGGGGCGGGGCGGCCCGCGGGGGAAAGCCCGCCACCGCCGCGCGCCGCUCUCCCCGCGGAGGGUGCCCCAGGUGCCGGCCCCCCCGGCGCCGGUUGUUCCGGGCCGAGCCGCCCCGCCGAGGACGCGCCGCUGAUUGGCUGCGCCGCCGGGCGGAAGUGAUGCUACUGUCACUGACUACUGGGGCUCCCGGGAAGCCGCGAGUUUCCGCAAGGAGGCGGCGGCAGCAGCUGCGGCCCGGCCGGUCUGCUGUCUGUGCUCAGAGUCAACCCUGCCGACAGUGCAAGUGAUGCCUUUGCUCCACUGGCACAAAAUGAGUGUGAGGUGGUUAGCCAGACCAGGAGCCCAACCACAAGGAGUGUCCAGCCUGCUGCUCUGAUGCCGAAGGGGAGGCAGAAAGUGCCACACUUGGAUGCCCCCCUGGGCCUGCCCGUCUGCCUCUGGCUGGAGUUCUUACUGGUUCCCUGGGUUAUGGGCUUGGCAGGGGCUGGUGGGCCUGGGGGCCAGGAGCCGGGGGGGCUAAGCUGGGCUGUGCAUCUGGACAGCCCAGAAGACGAGGGGAAGGUGGAGACUCUGGAGCAGCAGGCAGAUGCCUUGGCCCGGGCAGUAGGGCUGGUGAACUCCGGGCGCAUCGGGGAGCUCCAGGGACACUACCUCUUCGUCCAGCCCGCUGGGCACGGGCAGGACCAGCAGGUGGAGGCCAUCCGGAAGCGGGCGGAGGCUGCGUUCACCCAGCAUGAAGCUGUGCGUUGGCACUCGGAGCAGACGCUGCUGAAGCGGACCAAGCGCAGCCUUCACUUCAACGACCCUAAGUACCCGCAGCAGUGGCACCUGAAUAACAGGCGGAGUCCUGGCAGGGACAUCAACGUGACAGGUGUAUGGGAGCGCAAUGUCACUGGACGAGGGGUGACCGUGGUGGUGGUGGAUGACGGCGUGGAACACACCAUCCAGGACAUCGCGCCUAACUAUUGCCCCGAGGGCAGCUAUGACCUCAACUCCAAUGACCCGGACCCUAUGCCGCACCCAGACGUGGAGAAUGGCAAUCACCACGGAACGCGCUGCGCCGGGGAGAUCGCUGCUGUGCCCAACAACAGCUUCUGUGCCGUGGGAGUGGCCUUCGGGAGCCGCAUUGCAGGUAUCCGGGUGCUGGACGGACCCCUGACUGACAGCAUGGAGGCCGUGGCCUUCAAUAAGCACUAUCAGAUCAAUGACAUCUACAGCUGCAGCUGGGGACCAGAUGAUGAUGGAAAGACAGUGGAUGGCCCCCAUCAGCUCGGAAAGGCUGCCUUGCAACAUGGGGUGAUCGCCGGCCGCCAGGGCUUCGGCAGCAUCUUCGUGGUCGCCAGCGGCAACGGGGGCCAGCACAACGACAACUGCAACUACGACGGCUACGCCAACUCCAUCUACACCGUCACCAUAGGAGCCGUGGAUGAGGAGGGGCGGAUGCCUUUCUACGCAGAGGAGUGCGCCUCUAUGCUGGCCGUCACCUUCAGUGGGGGGGACAAGAUGCUCCGGAGCAUCGUGACCACCGACUGGGACCUGCAGAAGGGCACAGGCUGCACUGAGGGCCACACAGGGACUUCAGCGGCCGCCCCGCUGGCGGCUGGCAUGGUCGCCCUCAUGCUGCAGGUGCGGCCCUGCCUCACAUGGCGGGACGUCCAGCACAUCAUUGUCUUUACAGCCACCCAGUAUGAGGAUCGCCGUGCAGACUGGGUCACCAACGAGGCCGGCUUCAGCCACAGCCACCAGCACGGAUUUGGACUGCUGAAUGCUUGGAGGCUCGUGAAUGCCGCGAAGGUCUGGACAUCUGUCCCUUACUUGGCUUCCUAUGUCAGUCCCGUGUUAACAGAGAACAAGGCUAUUCCACUGUCCCCCCGCUCCUUGGAGGUCCUGUGGAAUGUCAGCAGGACGGACCUGGAAAUGUCGGGGCUGAAGACCCUGGAGCACGUGGCAGUGACGGUUUCCAUCACCCACCCACGGCGUGGCAGCUUGGAGCUGAAGCUCUUCUGCCCCAGUGGCAUGAUGUCCCUGGUCGGCGCCCCCCGCAGCAUGGACUCGGACCCCAACGGUUUCCGUGACUGGACCUUCUCCACCGUGCGAUGCUGGGGGGAGAGAGCGAAAGGCGCCUACAGACUCGUGAUCAGGGAUGUAGGGGACGAGACGGGCCAGGCCGGUAUCCUCCGGCAGUGGCAGCUGACGCUCUAUGGCUCUGUGUGGAGUCCCCUGGACAUCCGAGACAGGCAAAGGCUGUUAGAAAGUGCCAUGAGUGGCAAGUACCUGCAUGAUGGCUUCACUCUGCCCUGCCCUCCUGGGCUGAAAAUCCCGGAAGAAGAUGGUUACACCAUCACUCCUAACACCCUUAAGACCCUGGUGCUAGUAGGCUGUUUCACCAUUUUCUGGACCAUCUACUACAUGCUGGAAGUAUACCUGAGCCAGAGGAGUGUGGCCUCCCUCUCAGAUCGUAGGAGUGAACCCUGCCACUGGUCCCAGCGAAGCCGAAAAGCCAGGGAAGAGGGCACAGAACUUGAAUCCGUGCCUCUCUGUGACAGCAAGGAUGCAGAUGGAGUGGAGACAGGGGGUGAGGGCCCCACCACCACCACCAGUCUCCUUGCCCCGGACCUGCUGGGCAAGGACAGAAGUGCCCUAAACUGCCCUCGUCAGCACCUACCCCCAGAACUGUUACAGGGGAAGGAGGAGCAGAUUUGCUGACUGAGGGCCUGAGAAACUCGGCGUCAGAGAGGUCAUUCCUUCCCCAAACUGGGGGAGCUUGGGAAGCUGCUCUGAACUCCCAGAAGCCCAGGGGAGAAGUCAGUCCUGAGGCUCACAUCUGGAACCCAGAGGCUGCCGAGCACCUUCUGACUACACUCAGGGAGGGCAAAGGUCCUCUUAAGACAUGAGUUACAGAGGAAGGAGGCCAAUGUCAGAAGACAGUAUGGCAGCCACAGGAUCUUCCGCCCGCCGGGGGUGCUUGGUGGGAAGACCUCAGACAGGAGAUUGGCCAUCUGCUGGGUGUCCAGGCACCAUCUCUGUUUCUCCUGGGCAGGCCUGUGAUAUGGGUCAGAGGGCCCUCACCCACAUUUGGAGAGAAGGCCCCUGACAUAGCCAGAGGAGCAUCUCAGGAGGGCACUGCCGGGUCACUUGCCGGAAGGCUUGCAGGCGAGGCUGAGGAGACCUGGAUGUGUUUCCCUCUUGAACCCAGAAACAGCCGACUUCUUCUCACCUGCCUGCCCUCCCCUGGGGCCUGGGAGGGGGUGGUAGAGCACUGGUCAAGGCCUAGCUCACGUGCUCUGAAGGCAGCUGCCUCUGUGGUCCCUGAGCAGAAGCCAGCCUUGAACACACCUUCACCAUCACCCCACCCUUCAUCCUGAUGGAUUGGUACAAUGCUGCUGGCAAAGGAGGUGCUCGGCUCCCCAGGACUGUGCUGCUUCGUUAGGGGAGUCAGUGGCAGGCGUCAGCGGCUGCCACCCCAGCCCUGAGAGCAGCCUGUCUUCCUCAGCUAAGUGCUCAGGGAAAGGGCUUCGCCCACUGGGGCCAGCUGUCUGCCAGAAGGGCUGUGAUGCCUUCUCCCGCUGGGCCUUCUCCCGCUGGGACCUACCCCUGCUGGGACCUACCCCUGCUGAGCUACUUGGUUGAUUUGAGUUGUUUUUUAAUGCUUAAGAUUUGGUUUUCACAGCAACAUUUUGUUGAAUUUUUUUCUGCACAGCUUUUCCAAAAUAAAACCUUCCACAUAAUCCACCCGCCUUUUCUCUGCUUCCCCAAAAUGAAUGCGUGCUCUCAAGACUCACACCCUCUUCUUCCACUGCUGGCUUCCUCUAAAAACUGCCCCCCCACCUCAUCUCUGCCCGGGGGUCCUUUA